AUGGGUAAAUGUAUGUCUAAAAAAGCAAAUAAUGAUCUUAUAAACCAAGAUUCCAUAAAUCAUCCUAUUCCAAGACUUUCUCCUAAUUAACUUGAUUAGAACAGUUCUAAGAGCAAAACCCUAAAUACUUAAGGAAUUCGAAAUCAAACAUAGGAGCGUUCAUUAGGAAAGAAAGAUGUUGACUUCGACAAUAUUGGAGUAGGAAUAAAUAUUACUUAGAAUAAUCAACAUAUGCACAGCAAUAAUUAGAACAAUAUACAGGUAGUGACAAAUAAUAUGAAGGAUUUGUUAACUCCAUUGUCAAUAGUAUCUCUGAAUACACAAGAACAUAAGGAAAAUGCGAUUGAACUAUUUUAAAAGAACAAGGAAGUUAAUCCUGGGCCCAGUAAUGGUUUGAGUCAAAAUAAUUUUGGGUAGCCUAUCAAUAAUAUGAACAUCAAUAAUCAUAUCAAUAAUGCUGUUAUUGAAUAUGGCGAUGAAAUCAACUUAGAAUUCAAAUCAAGCUGCAGUGAUGAUGACUUAUCAAACAAGGUAGCACUUGAUAAUAAAGAUGCAAUUUAUAAAACUUCUGGUACUGGAAGCAAGCCACGUUAUCCGCAAGGAUCUCAAAAUGGUCCACUAAACAAGUUGCAGGGAGUAAAUUCUCAUAAUAUUUAAAUCAUCUAGCAGCAAAACCAUAUGAUCAAUCAGCCUAGAAAACCUUCGAAUAUUAUCAAAGGUAAGGAGCUUACUACAAAUCCACAGUUCAGAGUUGGAGCUUAAUAUAGCAGUGGGAAUAUGUCCCAGCAACAACAAUAGUACUUUUAAAUGCCAAAUCAAACACAUCAUAAGACAUUUGGUACUUAGAGUAUUGUGCAAACGUAAAAUUAGCAGACCCUGGUGCAUCAUAACCCCUUUUAGCAUUAAGAAAGCUUAUAUGUUGCAAAUAGCGCAAUAUUCUAAAAUUCUGAGGUUCUCAGAAAUACUCUUUAAAAAGAGUUACAAAGAAAUCAGCAUUAAAUGAAUCUAAUUGGAGGGUCUAGCAACAGUGUUUCAAUGGGUAAAAUAGUAAGUGGUACUUACUAGCCCCAUCCAACUGGUGGAAAUAGUGGUGGAGAAUUUUAAAGCAAUUAAGUAAGUUUGGAAUCACUAGAGUGCUAUCAAACAGCAAUUAUAAUCUAUGAAAAACUAUUGAUGUAUGGCCACAUUUAGUUCGCACUUGGAGAUUAUAUACUCUCAAAACUAAUGAUAUUCAUUGAUUAGUAUAUUACGACAGGUAGUAUUAUGAAUGCGACUUCAGAUUUUACAAGUCCUUUAAGCAAGCUUCAUGAUGAUAGGAUUCAAGAAGAAGAUUGCAAUGAAGAACUUUAUAGAGAAAUAUUAGUGAGUAGUCAAAACAGAUAUUCGCAUCCUGAUUACAAUGGUGAAAAGUUAGAUACAAGCUAAAAUCAACAGUUUCAUUAGCACUAUGGACUAAGAAACUGCCUUGAAUUUUUACAACGAACAGACAGCCAAGAGCUAAAUAUUUACUAGUACAUUGUAGCCAUUAUAUUUCUCAUACUAAAAAAGAAGCCUAAAAAGGUGAGAAUGAACCUGAAACAAGUAACUGAGAUAAUUGACAAAUCAACUAGAUUCAAUAAAGUGCAAAAGAAUCAUUUUUAGCAAAUUCUACAAAUUUUCCAAGUUUUGGCUUAAAAUCUUGAGCAGUAUAUUCAACAAGACACGAUGCUAAGUUCUAGAAACCCUACUGGGGAAACGGGUGGUAGUAAUAUCAAGAAGUCUUUUAAUCCAGCAAUAUAACUCAGGACAUAAGAUCUAGGCUAUUAACAGUUAUACAACAUGUUGUUGAAAAGUCUAUAAGGAAAAUUAAUUGAUUAAGACAUUAAGUACUUACAAUCUUAAACCUACUUUUUUAUUGGGAUAACAUUGAGGGCUUUGCAUCAGCCUGAUGAAGCUAUUAAAUCUUAUCAAAAGGCACUUGAAAUCAAUUCACUUUACUCUGAUUGCUAUUUCAAUCUUGGGAAUAUAUAUUUUGAGGAUAAAAAUGACCUAACCAAAGCAGAAAUCUGUCAUAAGAGUGCUCUAGAAAGUCUUGAGGAAAAUAAGAAGAUAGAAAUGUAUAAAAGGCUUGAAGAGGAGCAAAAUUCUCCCAAUGUUUAAGUUACUGAUCCAAGUUAGCAUUAACAACCAAAAUCUAUCAUCACUUUUGGCAGAGUUUGCAAUAUGAUAGGAGAGAUCAAUAAAAAGAAAAAUGACUAUGAAGCAGCAAUCAAAUUUUAUCUAAGAGGUAUUUCGUAAGAGCCAAGCUAUUUGGAUAAUUAUGUUGAUUUGGCUGAUAUCAGUGAAUUACUCAAUGAGACUGAGAUAAGUAGACUAUUUUUCAUAUUUGCCAAAGUCAUCUCUUAGAUUAAUGAAGGGGCCUUAAUUACAGAGCAAGGCAUGGAAGAUCAAAUUUUAGAAUAGGAUGAUUGGAAUUCCUUGACUGAGUCUAGAUUGAUCGAAAAGUAUAUUAAUGAGGUUGAAAAGAUGAGUUAGCAAGUAAAGUCUGAUUAUCAGGAAGUAAACUUAUCGCCUCUUUAGUAACAAAUUAUCGUUGAUGAUGAGAUAAACAAAGUCGCUCACAGAAUCUUAUCAAAAUUUUUCAAUAACAUCAAGGUUUUAUGA